GAAGGUGACCGUGUGGCCAAGCUUUUGGGUGUCGACUGCGCAGACAUGUACAAGAAUCUGUUGAAACCAAGAAUCAAAGUCGGUAAUGAGUUCGUGACUCAGGGUCGUAACAAGGACCAGGUCGCCUACUCCGUGGGUGCCAUGUCCAAGGCUAUGUUUGACCGAGUCUUCAAGUGGCUUGUCAAGAAGUGUAAUGAAACCCUAGACACCCAGCAGAAGCGUCAACACUUCAUCGGUGUACUGGAUAUUGCUGGUUUUGAGAUUUUCGACUACAACGGUUUUGAGCAGCUUUGCAUCAACUUCACGAAUGAAAAACUCCAACAAUUCUUCAAUCAUCACAUGUUUGUACUCGAACAAGAGGAGUACAAGAAAGAGGGAAUCGUAUGGCAGUUCAUUGAUUUUGGAAUGGAUUUGCUAGCCUGUAUCGAACUUAUUGAGAAGGUACCCACUUCAUUGAAAUUAGUCAUCAGAUGAUUUACGAUUGUUCAU